AUGAUCAUAUCUAUGCUUUCUCCUCUAAUUGCUUUAUUUUUUCACUUAAUUUCAGCAGAAUUAGUUGUCAAUUUCAAUGUCACAUAUGAGUCAGAUGUUACGGAUCAGCAUGAAAUUCAGGAAAGAAUAUCACGACGAUCACGUCGUGAGCCAGCCAUAUGGGGUGAUCCGGCACCGGAUUAUAGUGCUGUUCAACUGAAUGGUUAUAUACACUUCCUGAAUGCCCUCAUUUUCGUUGAUUCGAAAAUUACUAAUCAUUAUCGCUCCAAUAUGGAAAAAAUCAAGAGAGAUGUGAUGAAAUUAAUUCAAGAAGCUAAUAAUUAUUUUUAUCAAAUAAAUAUUCGGAUAAUUGUGGUGGAUAUAUUGCAAACAUUACGUAAUGACCUCAGUUUGUAUACUUUUGAGGAAUACAGAAAUCGAAGGAUAUCAAAAUUACCCGUUCAUGAUUUUGCUGCCCUAAUUUCAUAUCGUUAUGCUGGUGGAUUAGCAUUUGUUAAUGGUAUGUGUACUUCAAAAACUGUUAUGUUAUGCGGGUUCUAUCCACAUAAUCCAUCUGCAAUGGGUGGUAUAUUUUUCCACGAAGUUGCACAUCUUCUUGGCGUACCACAUCGUAAUUCAACUAAUCUUAUUGAUGUACCGAAUUGUUCCUGUCCAAUAACUGGAAGUACUACUAUUUCUGGAUGCCUUAAAAUACCAGGUUAUGAUCAUGAUUGCACGUUACAACAAAUGGUGAAUAUGUUGGAGAAAAAUCGUUGUUUGCGGCAUGUUAAGACUAUUAGUUUCUUCUCUACGCAACAUAAGGUUGAAAAAUCAUUGCCGCUUUGCGGUAAUGGUGUUAUCGAAGGUAAGGAGGAAUGCGAUUGCGGUUUACGCAAGUUAUGCCGCAAUUGGAAUUGUCGUGCUGAUGAAUGCUUACAGAUUGUAAAAACUUGGCAAAUGCUGUGGUAUUAUUGUCCAAGCAAUCUUCUAAAACUUCUUUCAAACCUUAAAUCAAUAAUCCGUCCAAAAAAUAGGCAUUUUUGGCAUCAACCUGAUAGUAAUUACGCGAAAUCAUUACGUCGUACUGGUAAUGGUAUUAUCGUAGCUAAGCACCAUUUCAUUGGAAUACCUCAUAAGCUAGAUUCAAAUGGUAUAGCAGUAUUAAUUGCGCCAAAUGAUAAGGAAUGUCUUAUACGUAAGUCAACAAUAACACGACCUACACAACCACCACCACCACCACCACCUCCAACACUUUCAGCACGAAGUACUCUUAACAAAGCACUAUCAUCAAUUCAUUCUGAACCAUUAUCUUCAUUCAAACAAUCACCAUCACCACCAGCGCCACCAUUACCAACAAAACCGCCUAAUUUAUCUCUUAAAAUGAUUGUAACGAAUAGUUGUGAUGGUACCUAUGAAAUACCAAAUACAACAAGGAAAAGAUUGUCAUCAUUGGUUCAAUCCAAUACAGUAAUGGAUUACACACAAUCAUUUGAUCAUUAUACUGUAAAUUAUGAUGAUAAUAUAUCACGAAAAUUUGAUGAUGAUUUUGAUGAUGAUUUCGAUGAUAGCGGAUUGCUUUCUGAAUCAACAAAUGAUGAAAAGCAACAACAACAACAAUCGAUACAGUAUACGGUGAUAGUUCCCAUGAAAGAACGUUUACCUGUACAAGAAAAAAAAAGCAUGAAAUCAGUACCCCAAAAUAUAACCAAAUUGUCUACACGUGAGGAAUCAUUCUCAUCCAAUGAAUCCAGAGGUCAACUCUGUCCAUCGGUUGAUACGGUAAGCACUGGGCUAAGCGAAGAAGAUGAGCGUUUUAUUUCUGUUACCGAUAUUGUGCGCAAAUUUAAUGGUGGAAAAUGUUAA